AGCGGUUCUAGUUUGGUCUAGAGUUCAAUUGACCUAAAGUUAAUGCAAAAUGAAGGAGACACUUUUAAUAAUUGUAGCAUUUUAUUUGGUCCAGUUUGCAUCAGCAGCAAGAAUACAUUUCGAUAAUAAUUCUUGCAAGACUUAUUUGGAUUACUUUACGCGUUCUGUUAAUAAAAAUUGCUAUCAUAACGAUUUCCUCUAUCUGCAAACGCCACAAAUUUUGGAUAAACGUAAAAUUCCUUAUGAAAAUCACACAGUUAUCACAGAAGAUGGAUAUAUUUUGACUGUGUUCCGAAUAUUGAAAGAAAAUCCAAAAGAUGUGAUUGUCAUGCUUCAUCCAAUUGUACAAGAUAGUACAUCAUGGUUUCUAGGGGACAAUGGAUCAUACGUUGACAGGUUUCUUGAAGCUGGAUAUGAACUGUGGCUGCUAAAUUUCAGAGGUACAACCUAUUCUGAUAAACAUAUUGCAAAUCUACCUCCAGCUCAAUAUUGGGAUUUCAGUUUUCACGAGAUCGGUCUCUACGACUUUUCAGCUGUAUUUCGUUAUAUCAACAACAUCACUAACACGAAGCUGAUAGCAUUUAGUUUUUCUCUUGGUUCUUCAGCUAGUUCAGUAUAUGCCAGUGAAAAGCCUGAAGAAGCAAAACAGUUGAUAAAGCUGUUUAUUGCUAUGGCUGUUCCAGAUUUUUUACGAGAUUCGAAGACUCUGCUUAGAGUUUUGAUUCCUUUUGUACCCCUUUUAAAGGCAAUUACUAGAAUAUUGGGAAUUUAUGCAUUUUUUGACAAUUUCCGAUUGAUUACAUAUCUGCUCACAAAUAUCGUUCUGCUUUUCAACCUCGAAUCGCUGGUAGCCUUGACAGCUGUACCCUUUGUUGGAGGAAGCUUUUUUUCUAUAAAUCCGAGACUCAUACCAAUAGGUACUUCAACUACUCCAGAAGCGACAAGUGUGAAGACACUGGAACAUUAUGUACAGCUUUUUGAUAAUAAAUUCUUACAAUUUGAUUAUGGAAGAAAGAAAAAUCUUGCGGUGUAUGGUACAGAAGAGCCACCUAAAUAUCGAAUAGAAAAUAUUAACGUACCAUUUCAUAUUAUUUUGGGUGAAUCUGAUAUCUUGGCUAACAAAAAGGGUAUCCUAUUGCUCUACAGUAAACUUCCAGACAUCGCCAAAACCUACGGUUACUUUGAAGUUCCUGGAUGUAGUCAUGCAGAUUUUUUGAUUGGUAAAACACAACCUGCAAUAGCUCAGAAGCACAUCUUGGAACUACUUGAAAAAUUUAACGCUUAGAUAUAUUUGAAUAUCGUGCCAAAAUUUAAGGCUAUGUAAUAAAUCUUAAUCGACAAACUUGAAUGAUUUAUUUAUAUGCACCACAAGUUAAGAUAAAAGUACCGCCCAU